ACUGAACGGUUUCCUAAUUCCUUAACCGUCCACUACUACGCUGGGUAUUCACUAUUAUAUUUUUUAUGUGCAAGUUUAAUAUUUUAGUAUUUUAGUUUAAAGUGAAUCCCUAUUAUUAUUGUUAAUUAUAUAUUCUAUUCCAUGGGUUAAACUGUUUGUGAUAUUAUUAGUGUUUAGCCGAAAUACGAUUCUCAAGAGCUGUACGGACUACGGAGUUGGGCAUCAUUCUGAUCUGUUUUAUUUGCUGAUUUUCAAUCAUCUUAUCAUGAAGACAGAAAUAGAAGAAAACAAUAAAACUAAACCUAAAAAUGAAGUUGCUAAAAAUAUUGAAAAAAUUAUGAAAGAAAUUAGAUCUAAUCGUCCUCCAAAUUUUCAGUGGAAAUUAAAUGAUUUUGAAAUUGGAACACCUCUUGGCCGUGGAAAAUUUGGUCGUGUUUAUCUUGCUAGAGAAAAAAGAACAGAAUAUAUGGUUGCAUUAAAAAUGAUGUUUAAAUCAGAAUUGGUAAAAGACCAUAUGGAACAUCAAGUACGACGAGAAAUUGAAAUUCAAACCCAUCUUAACCAUCCAAACAUUCUGAAAAUGCUUACAUAUUUUUGGGAUGAAAAAAAAAUAUAUUUAAUAUUAGAGUUUGCCCAAGAAGGUGAGGUAUUUAAAGUAUUGAAUGCACAACCACAUAAACGUUUUAAUGAACCAACUGCUGCAUAUUACUUACGUCAAGUGGCUGAUGCUCUAAGAUAUUGUCAUUCUCAAAGUGUUAUUCACAGAGAUAUAAAACCUGAGAAUCUUUUAUUAUUUAGUAAUCAUGUUAUUAAAUUGGCAGAUUUUGGUUGGUCUGUACAUGCACCAUCCAAAAGUCGAAGUACUAUGUGUGGAACUGUUGAUUAUUUACCACCAGAGAUGGUUGACACCAAAACUUAUAAUGAAUAUGUAGACAACUGGUGUUUGGGAGUGUUAUGUUAUGAAUUUUUAUGUGGAUCUCCUCCAUUUGAAAGUUCAGAACAGUCUGAAACUUUCAGAAAAAUUAGAUCUGUAAUUUAUGGUUUUAAACCUCACAUGACUGAUAGUUCUAGAGAUCUGGUUUCAAAACUUUUGGUUAAAAUACCUAAAAGCAGAUUACCUCUAAAAGAUGUGAUGCAACAUCCUUGGAUUGCAACAAAUUGUGAAAUAUUUACUAAAACAAAACUAUAAUCAGUUUUAUAAAUAAUCUAUGUUAGCUACUCUGCUGGCUUGACUCAAUGUUUAUACUGAAUUGAGUAUUUAUAUAUUGUAUAUUUUCAAUUAGUUCAUUAUUUUUUAGUAAAGGAAAUGGUUUUAUUCAUAAUUUAUAC